UGACUUUUUGCGAUACUAACAAAAUUCUGCCGUUAUAUUUUUGCUAUUUAGCCGUCCUACGAGACGCUAAAAAUGCAUCUAAUAUCGCCGUUUUCGAUCUGCGUUUUAAUUCUGAGUUUUCAUCUUGGAAACUGCAACCCGUUUUUGAGGAAAGUUCUCGAUAUGUUUCACGGUGGCAAAAAACAAGUGCAGGCGAUGGAUGAGGCAAAGAAAAGUGUAGAUAUUCUAGAUGUAAAUGAAUUUAAACACCACGAUUACGAGGAGUUGACCUGGUUUUUAAAGUACUUUGCAAAAAAGUACCCAGACAUUACAAAAUUGUAUUCCAUUGGCUACAGCGUGCAGAACCGAAAGCUAUGGGUGAUGGAGAUAUCGGACAAUCCCGGAAAACACGAAGCUGGCGAAGCAGAAGUAAAAUAUAUCGGAAACAUUCACGGUAAUGAAGCGUUGGGCCGAGAACUUUUACUACAACUGAUAAAAUACUUUUGCGAAAACUACGCAAACGACACAAAAAUUAAGAAUAUUGUGGACGCAACAAGAAUACACAUUUUGCCAAGCAUGAACCCGGAUGGCUACGAGUUGGCGGCUGUUCGCGGAAAGAGAAACAAAUUGGUUGGAAAGAGGAACGCUCUUCGAGUCGAUUUGAAUCGUAAUUUUCCAGACCAGUUUUUCCCUAGUACUACUGGGCCACCUCAACCCGAGGUCAGGGCUGUGAUGGACUGGAUCAAGGAGUACCCGUUUGUAUUGUCAGCUAGUCUACAUAGUGGAGCUUUGGUCGCCCUCUACCCUUACGACGAUUCGCCUUCAGGCCAGAGUCAAUACAGUGCUACACCAGACGACGAUGUUUUCAGACGUUUAGCCAAGACAUAUUCGCAGGCACACCCCGUGAUGCAUCUGGCCAACCCUAAAUGGAACUGUACGGAUCAAAAGGAAGAACACUUCAUAGACGGCAUCACGAAUGGUGCCAGCUGGUCUAGUUUGUCAGGAGGCAUGCAGGACUAUAACUAUGUUCACUCGAACUGCUUUGAAAUAACGCUGGAGCUUGGCUGCGAUCGAUUUCCUAAAGGUACUGAGUUGGAAAAGUACUGGCAUGAUAAUAAGAAGGCUUUAGUGGAGUUGACUCAACAGGUACAUUACGGCGUGAGUGGAUUUGUCAUGAACAUACAGGGAGAGCCUCUCUCUGAUGCAACCAUUAGCGUGGCAGAUCGUCGUCAUGACGUCACUUCAUCAAAGGAUGGAGACUAUUGGCGCUUACUCGUACCAGGUUCUUACGAAAUCACAGCCACGGCACAAGGUUACCAGCCACAAACUCAGCUGGCGGAGCUACGGGCGUUUGAAGGGAAGAUUGUAAAUUUUACUCUAAAGCCGACUCAGGAAGACGGGAUAAAGAUGCCGCUUGAAGGAAGCGAAGACGAGUUACUCGACCGAGUCAUGGCGGGAACUUACGUGACCGACGAGGGAGUGGAUCCAAGGGAGCAUAUUAUCAAACUGACCAAUCAGAAUGACAGAGAGGAACAGCCGUUCCGAAAACACGUGCUACAUCCGGGACUUAAUGAUAGAUCUAGGUUGUCCCUUGAGGAUUCCCUUCUUAGUGAUGAAACUAUGCAUGGAAGUGGAUCUGUGGAGAGGAGCAAACCCGACGAUAUCUCUGGCGAAGGAGGAGGGAGUGGCGACGAGAAAUCCAGGCAAGAACCGGACAGACCGGUGUCUCACCCAAAACUGGUUAAACCAGACAAACCUUUCACUAUCUCAAAACCGGUAACGCCGGCUAAGCGUGUCAGUAUUCAGAAACCAGCGAAAACCAUCAGUAACAAGACAGCCACCAAGGUUUUUACAAAGCCCCAAGCUCCUAAACAAAAAACCAAUGUAAUACAAAAGAAACCAGCACCUGCAGUAGUGAAAAAAGCCACACCCCUUAAAUCACCUGUCACAGACAAGCGCUUCUCGAAACUGAUUGGCUCAAACGUGGCAUGCCGUCUAGUCGGAAAGAAGGGCUUAAAGAGCGGAAACUUAAGAUGGGUGGGGCAUUUACCUCACUUGCCAGUAGACGACACCCACCUCAUCGCUGGUGUGGAAUUAUCCACCAUUGAUAAACUGGGAACUGACGGCACAUAUCGUGGUGUAAAAUACUUUCAGAGUGCCCCGAAACGAGGUUACUUCUUCCGACUGAAGGACUGCAAAGCUUUGAAGCAUUAAAACUUUAUUUCUAUGGAUCUGAUUCCGGGGAAACUCUCCGCACGAGCCACACUACAUUCAUUCCAGGCUAGUUUGGAGAAUCUGGUGUUGUAUAGGCAUGACGUAUGACAACCAAUCUGCUCUUCUUUGGGGAACACUGAAAACCGCCUUGGUUAUAAUUUUCAUCAUAGAGUGAUAUUAUUAUCAUUUAUUAACUUGUUUAUUACUAUUAUUAGCUAAUGCAUUUUUGUAUUGUCCUCUCCUUUUAUUUCUGUACAAUAUUUUGAUAUCGCAACGAGAAGUUAAAUUUGUAUAGGUAAUUGCAUGGGGCCGAGUAAAAUUAACGAUUAA